AUGUUGUCACCGGCCCUGCUGUCGGGCCUUCUUCUCGCUCCAUGUCUUGCCAAAGCUCAAUCAUCGGCCACUUCCACUGUUGCCUCUACGGCCUCGGUGACGACGGCAUAUCCUGCACAAUUCACAUUACCUGAAAGCGUGGAUGAGGGUGCAACUCUGUUACCCAACAUCAACGACCCGACAGCCCCGAAUGCUCAGGACAAAUGUCCAGGCUAUACGGCGAGCGAUGUCAAGACGUCUUCAUCGGGUCUGACGGCGCACUUGACGCUAGCGGGCUCUGCUUGCAAUCUUUAUGGUACGGAUGUUAGCGAUCUGGACCUGACAGUGGAGUACCAAACCAAUGCUAGACUGCACAUCAACAUCCAACCGUCCUAUGUUAGCUCGCAGAACGAGAGCUGGUAUCUCCUGUCCAGCGACUAUGUGGCUGCUCCGGGACAGGAGAGCGGCCAGCAGACGACGAGCGACCUCACCUUUACAUGGGCCAACACCCCCAACAGCGGGUUCGGUUUCAAUGUCACUAGAAACAGCACCGGCGACGUCUUGUUCUCGACCACAGGGACUAAGCUGGUAUUCGAAAACCAGUUCAUCGAAUUAGUCACGCACCAAGAGGAAAAUUACAAUCUCUAUGGUCUCGGCGAAGUCAUCCAUGCUCUUAGACUCGGCAACAACCUCACUCGGACCAUCUACGCUGCAGACGUAGGCGAUCCCAUCGACUACAAUAUCUACGGCAGCCAUCCGUUCUACUUGCAAACCAAGUAUUUCGAGCUCGGGGACGACAACACCACCUCUCUGGCGACGGAGCCACUUGACGCUAGCAAUGCGACGGGCAAUUACACAUCUUCCAGCCAUGGAGUCUACUUCCGGAAUGCCCAUGGAAUGGAGGUCUUGAUGCGUCAUACAAAUGUCACUUGGAGGACGUUGGGUGGUAGUAUCGACCUAUACUUCUUCUCCGGGCCCACACAGCCCGAUGUCACGCACCAGUAUCUCGAUGUCAUUGGCAAGCCAGUCCUACAAAACUACUGGGGCUUCGGCUUCCAUCAGUGCCGCUGGGGAUACCAGAACUGGUCCGUCACCGAGGAAGUCGUCGACACUUACGAACGCUUCGGAAUCCCGCUAGAGACGAUUUGGAACGACAUCGACUACAUGAAGGAAUAUCGGGACUUUGACAACGACCCCAUCCGUUUCAAUUAUUCGGAUGGCACGGCUUUUCUGCAACGUCUCCACGACCGAGGGCAGCAUUACGUGCCCAUCAUCGACAGUGCCAUCUACGUCCCGAACCCGGACAACUCCAGCGACGCAUACCAACCGUUCACCGACGGCAAUGAAACCGGUUCAUUUCUGCUUAACCCCGACGGGUCUCUGUACAUCGGCGCCGUGUGGCCCGGAUACACCGCCUUUCCGGACUGGUUGACGUCGGUCGCGCAGGCAUGGUGGAAGAAUCAAAUGGUGACUUGGCAUCAGAAACUGCCCAUCGACGGCGCCUGGAUCGACAUGAGCGAAGUGUCGUCCUUCUGCGUCGGCAGUUGUGGCAGUGGGAACUUGUCACUCAACCCUGUCCAUCCGCCGUUCAAACUGCCCGGUGAACCAGGCAAUGUUAUCUACGAUUAUCCAGAGGGCUUCAACCUGACAAACGCGACGGAAGCGGCAUCGGCUUCAUCGGCGUCGGAAUCUCAAGCUUCAGCUACAUUGACCGCAACGGCCUCAAGCAGUGCGACUGCAACUGACACCGCAACCGCGACAGCGACAGCAACGACGAGUGCAUCAACCAGCGAAUCCUCGUCUUCCUCCUCAACAAGCUAUCUUCGAACGACGCCCACCCCAGGCCAACGCAACGUCAACCAUCCACCCUACGUGAUCAACCACGUCCAAGGCGACCUGGCAGUCCACGCCGUCUCGCCCAACGCAACGCACCACAACGGAAUUCAGGAGUACGACGUGCACAAUCUGUUCGGCCACCAGAUCCUGCAAGCGACAUACGCAGCCCUUCUGGCCGCAAGACCCGGAUUACGACCCUUCAUAAUCGGCCGAUCAACAUUCGCAGGCUCCGGCACAGUCGCAGGCCACUGGGGCGGCGACAACACCGCCAAGUUUUACUACAUGUACUUCUCGAUCCCACAAGCCCUGAGUUUUUCCUUGUUCGGCAUCCCCAUGUUCGGCGUCGACACAUGUGGAUUCAACGGCAACAGCGACGAGGAGUUAUGCAAUCGAUGGAUGCAACUGAGUGCUUUUUUCCCCUUCUAUCGAAACCACAAUACUCUGUCUGCGAAUCCGCAGGAGGCCUAUGUCUGGAGCAGCGUGGCGGACGCGACCAAAGUCGCCAUGAACGUACGGUUCCAGCUCCUGCCGUACUUGUACACUUUGUUCUACUACGCCCAUACGCGAGGCGACACCGUCAUGCGCGCCUUGGCCUGGGAGUUCCCACAUGACCCGACACUCGCAGAUGCGGACCGUCAAUUCUUUUUGGGACCCUCGAUUCUCGUCACCCCGGUCCUCACGCAAGGCGCUACCAGUGUCGACGGUGUGUUUCCGGGACUCGUCGAGGGCACCGAUGUCUACUACGACUGGUACAAUAAGACGCCAGUUGCUAAACCAGCAGGAGCAAACGACAAAAAUGUCACCAUCGACGCUCCACUGGGUCAUAUCCCCGUUUUUAUCCGCGGCGGCGUCGUGCUGGCUACGCAGCAGAUGGCCCUGACGACGCGAGCGGCCCGGAAUACGAGCUGGUCGCUCAUUGUUGCGCCUGGUGUUGACGGCUCCGCUUCGGGGUCGUUGUAUCUGGAUGAUGGGGAGUCGGUGGCGCCUAAUGCUACUAAGCUGGUCAAUUUCACUUUUUCAUCGGGGUCAACUGGAACGGGAGCAGGAGGAACAGCUUCGCCGUCUCUCAAUGUUACGGUCCAGGGCAACUAUACUGGCUUGGACCUGCCGUUGGCAAACAUCACUGUUCUGGGCGUCUUGAGUGCGCCGGCGACCAAUGAGGUCAAGAUCAAUGGUCAGGUCGUGGCAAAUGGCUCCUAUGAUUCUGUUGCAAAGACGUGGAAUGUCGUUGGCUUGGAGGGGGCUUUGGGUGGGAAGGUUUGGAGUGGGAAUUGGACUUUGUCGUGA